AUGGGAGAGAUCGAUACAAAAUCAAUUGAGUCGGUCCAAGCUGCAUUGUCCUUCUUUGGUGAGAAAAAUGAUCCGACGAAAAACCUGUCAACUGGCAGCAAUGAAAUGGAGAAAGAGAGAGAGCUUGAAGUCCUACUAAAGGACUUGGCCAUUAACAAGGUUCAGUUGGAAGCAAAGGACACUGCCUACAAGCAAGCCCUUCUUCAACUAGAUCACUAUCAGACAGCUAGUGAUGAAUUUUUCACCCUCCUGAAGAAUUCCAAGUUCGAGAAAGAUAUAUACAUCAAUGAAUGUAGAGUAGCUAGAAUGAAAAAAGAUGAACUUGAAUUCAAGAUGGGGGAGAUGGCCAGUCAACUGUCGGAAACUCUCAAGGUCCGUGAGCAGCUUUCGAAUGUCAUUAGUGAGUUGAGGGCUACACAAGGGGAGCUCCUUAAUGUGGAAACAGAACUCGCUACUGCUAUAGAAUUGAAGCUCGAGGCUAUGAUGCAAACGGAGUUGAUGGAGACUGAAUUAGACACGGAAAAGUUGAAGAUGGAAGAGCUUCUAAGGCAUGUAUCGGAGCUCAAUGAAACCAUUCUUCAUUUGAAGAUGGCUGCAACUGAAGCAGAGGAAGAGAAGUGUCGAGUUUUAUCAGAGAAAGAGGCUGAGUUAGAGUAUACUACAGCAUCUGUAGUUGAUGCACAAAAGCAACUAGAAAAUAUGAGAAAACAAUUGGAAGUGAUGCAUGAUUUAGAGAGUCAGCUCAUGGCUAAGUCGGUAUUUAUUGAUUCAAUGCAGUUGCAAAUUCAGCAAGUGAAUGAGCUACAAAGUUCAUCUGAGAGAACGGUUACUGAUGCCAUUAAGGAUUUAAACCAGCUAGCAUUGGAUUUGGAAAUGCAGGAAAAGAAGAACUCAAACCAAGCAGUUUAUAUCAAAUCAUUGGAGAUGGAGCUGAAUCAGUUGAAAUUAGAACUCGAGAAUGCAAAUGAAGAGGUGAGCCGCCUGAACUGCAGUGUUGAGAUGACUACAGAUGAGUUAGAGAAGGUGAAAAAUGAGGUGGAGGAGAUUAAAGGAAGUGAAACUGAAGCACAGAUAGAGAUAGCAAUGCUGAAAUCGGAGCUUCAUAGAGGGAGAUCAAAGAUUGCAGCAGCAGAGGUAGCUGAGGCAAGAGCAAAGAGUGAAAAGUCAGGCCUCUAUCUAGCAGUUCAGCAGCUAGCCAUGGAAGCCGAAGCAGCCAAGAAAGAGAAACGAGAGCUAAUGGAAGAAACACAAAAAGCUUUGAUGAAGAUGGCUGAGAAAGCAAAUCAAGUUCCAGAGCCAGUGCUGGAUAAUAGUUAUGAAGUGGAAAUCUUGAUGAGAGAGUUGGAAACAGCAAAAGUGAGAAUCGGGGAGUUGAGGGUACGAGCAGAGCAGGCCAUAAGCAGGGCUGAAGCGGCUGAGAAGGGUAAAGCUGCACUUGAGGAUCAGCUGAAGAAGUGGCGAGAGAGAAGGGAACGAAGAAAGGCCGCUAUAGCUGCGCUUCAGGAGGAAUGUAUUCUGAGAGAAAGCAGUAGUUUCAAAUAUGAACCAUUGGUUCCUGUUCCUAAAACAUAUCAACCAUUGGGUAAGGUUCUCAACAUGGAAUUCUAGUCAAUCAGAAAU